AUGAGCUGGCUGAGAAGAGGUGCAAUGCUGUCCUCGCCUCUCACGUCGUUGCUGCUUCGCGCGCCGCCGCGCGUUGGAUCGGCGCCGAGACCCGUCGCGGCGUCACUCGCGCGCGGAGUCUCCGCGUCGAUUGGAGGCUGCGCCCGUCCCACCGCCGCCACCGACGCGUUCUCCGCGCGGCGGGGAUUCGCGGGCGCGGCGGCGCGUCGACCCGCGAGGUCCCUCACGACGAUGGGCGCGGCGACCAAGAGGGCCGGCGGCAAGGCGAAGGGCGGCGCCGGGGGCAGGGGUAAGGGUUCCGGGGCGAAGGCCCCAGCGGCGAAGCCGACGCGUCCGGGUCGGAAGGGCGUCGGACCGCCCGCGAGGAGGGGAUUGAAGAACAGGCUGAAGGACCAGGCGCAGAAGUCGGCGUCGCGAAUCCAGCCCGACUGGGGCGACGACGACGACGACGACGACGACGAGCUCGCGGCGUUCAACGAAGACGUGCCGGACGUCGACCCCAGCUCACUGGGCGACUUCGACGACGACGACGACGACGAUGACGGAGGCAUCUACGAUGACGACGACGACGACGAGGGCGACGGCGGCUACUACGACGACGACGAGGACGAGGACGCGCCCGGGGCUGCCACGACAGCGGGUCUCUCCAUGGACGUGGACGAUGCCAUGUUCAAGUUCAUACCCGAGGAGGAGAGGGAGGCGGCCAAAGCCGCGUACCUACGCAUGGCGGCGGGGGGCGGAGGAGGACGGUCCGCCGAAGCCGGGGCGGAUGAUGACGACGAGGACGAGGACGACGCGAGGGAGGUUUUCGCCGAGGAGGACAUCGAGGACGACCUCUACCUGACGGACGAAGCCGACGGUCUGACCCAGGCCACCGUCCAGCAGGCCAAGGGCGCCAUCGUCAAGUCCGUCCGCUUCAUGCAGGCGUGCGUGAGGGUGAAAGACUGUCCGCCGCCCAAGCACCCCGAGGUGGCCGUCAUCGGCCGGUCCAACGUCGGCAAGUCGUCGCUCGUGAACAUGCUCACCAACCGUAAGGACAUCGCCAAGACGUCCAAGAACCCCGGCAAGACGCGCACGAUCAACCACUUCGAGAUGAUCACGGGCGACGGGACGUGGUACUUCGUCGACUUGCCCGGGUACGGCUUCGCCAACGCCCCGGAGGAGGCUCGGCGCAAGUGGGCGGAGUUCACGCGCGAGUACCUCUUGGGCCGGCCCAACUUACUGUCCGUGAUGCUGCUGAUCGAUUCCACGGUCAAGCCGCAGCGGCUGGACCUGGAGUGCCUCGAGUUUCUCGGCGAGAACAACAUCCCGGUAACCGUCGUGUUCACGAAGGUUGACAAGAAGCGAAAGGUCAAGAGCGGGAAGCGCGCCAACCCGGAGGAGAACGUCGAGGCUUUCUGCCGCGAGGUGAGCGAGUACUGGGACGAGCUGCCGCCGAUGAUCUUCACGUCGAGCAAGACGGGCGACGGAAAGCAGGCGGUGCUGAACCACGUCGCGACCCUCAGGCAGUUCUUCAGGGAGGGGAAGAAGGGCAAACCAAAGAACAAGUUCCUCGAGGACGUCCUAAAGGCGAAGGAGGAGGGCGCGGGCGAUUGA